UAAUAGCACACCGUUGCCAUCCAGUUAGCCACUCCCUACUGUACAAAAAGCCCAGGUUAGCUGUUAUAUUUAGUUAAAGAUCACCCGUGUCCGUUAAAUUGGUAAACUAUGCCUUCCUUUGUUUUCUUUAAGCUAGCAUAGCACUCAAUUUGUUUCAUUUAACAUGGUUUGACAGUCAACGUAGCUGGCUGAAGUUGACGCACAUAAUAUUGUCUACCAAAGAAAUGGUGAUGGAGAAGCCAAGUCCCCUGCUUGUAGGGCGGGAGUUUGUGAGGCAGUAUUACACACUCUUAAACAAGGCACCGGAUUUCCUACACAGGUUUUAUGGGAGGAAUUCUUCCUAUGUUCAUGGAGGACUUGAUCCGAAUGGGAAGCUAGCGGAAGCGGUGUACGGGCAAGCGGAAAUCCACAAGAAGGUCAUGUCCCUGCAGUUCAGUGAGUGCCACACAAAGAUCAGGCAUGUGGAUGCUCAUGCCACACUGAGUGAUGGAGUUGUGGUGCAAGUCCUGGGAGAACUUUCAAACAAUGGUCAGCCCAUGAGGAAGUUUAUGCAAACGUUCGUGCUUGCUCCAGAAGGUUCGGUGGCGAAUAAGUUCUACGUCCACAAUGACAUUUUCCGUUAUGAAGAUGAAGUUUUUGGAGACUCUGAAGCUGAGCUCGAUGAAGAAUCAGAGGAGGAAGUUGAAGAGGAGCAAGAGGAAAGGCAACCAUCUCCUGAGCCACUUCAAGAAAGCCCCAACAGCACCACUUAUUAUGAACCUCAUCCUGUCUCAUUUGUGCUCUGUAGAAAUGGAGUAGAAGAGCCAAUGGAGGAGCCAGCUCCGGAGCCUGAGCCAGAGCCAGAACCAGAGCCCAAAGUAGAGGAGAUAAAGCCUGACGUUGAUGAGAAGGUUCAGGAAGAGAUUGAGGAGAAAGCUCCAUCACCGGCCCCUGUGGAGUCCCCACCAAACACCCAGGAGCCUCCCAAGACUUUCUCGUGGGCCUCUGUGACCAGUAAAAACCUGCCUCCCAGCGGCACAGUCCCCUCCUCUGGAAUGCCACCCCAUGUCGUUAAAGCUCCAAGCUCACAGGCCAGAAUAGACGGCAAGACGGAGACACAGACAGCACCUCUUCGGUCCAGAGACCAGCGCACACGCGACAGACCGGCCUUUACCCAGCGGGGUCCCAGGCCUGAUGGUGUUGCGCCUUUGGAGUCACAAACAGGGAAACCACACUUGAGUUUUGUUAACAAAGGUGGCCGGGGAGAUAUGGAACCCGGUGAGAUGGACAGCAGGCGGAUUGUCCGAUACCCGGACAGUCACCAGCUUUUUGUUGGCAACCUCCCACACGACAUUGAUGAGAGCGAGCUCAAAGACUUCUUCAUGACAUAUGGAAAUGUUGUGGAGCUGCGGAUCAACACCAAGGGUGUUGGUGGGAAGCUCCCUAACUUUGGAUUUGUGGUCUUCGACGAUUCUGAUCCAGUGCAAAGAAUCCUGGGGGCCAAGGUAGAAGGGCCGAUCAUGUUCCGAGGCGAGGUGCGCCUGAAUGUGGAGGAGAAGAAGACGAGGGCGGUGCGCGAGCGAGAGACCCGCGGGGGAGACGACCGUCGGGACAUGAGGCGCAACGACCGAGGCCCCGGAGGCCCCAGACCCACCGUGGGAAGCGGAAUGAUGCGGGAAGGCAGGGGACCACCACCACCACCUCGAGGCGGCAUGGCCCCCAAACCCGGCAUGGGCUCCGGAAGAGGCUCCGGUGGCCAGGGAGAGGGCCGCUUCACAAACCAGCGCCGCUGAGGAGAGCACCACAUGCAGUGUGGAAGUAGUACCGCGUUCUUCAUCUUCAACCGUUCUCGUUAACGAAAAGAAAUCUUCAUGUAUGAACGUAUAUAUUGGUUUAUGUUUUAUUUUUUAUUUUUUUUUGUUCCCUCUUUGCUUUGGAAUGUGACACAGCCUGUCAACCUUUUGUUUGUGAAAUAGACAAAACAAAAUAAGCAAACAAGCAAAAAAUGCGCUUAUUAUUUGUGAGCUGAGCAUCCUUUUCGGGUUUCUCAAGAAUUCACAAACUUUAAUUUGUAAAUUUGUGGAAAAAAGGCGAACCAACCAGGAGUAAUCUGCCACAUUAGGAGGGACUGAUAAGACUUUUAACUACGAUAACACAGCCCAUCAUUUGGAAAAGAGAUUAUAUGCCUUGACUUAACUGGGGCGCUGCUUCACGAAAUCCCUCUAUUGCACAUUUUAUAUGGUAGUUUUCUGCCCGUUACUGUUGGAUAAGAGUGGGAUGCAAAUUUUGCGCAGUUCCAGGGGAAAGGCUUGCCUUUUACUUUUUUCCUUUUUGAGAGACCACUGCUUAAAAAUUGCAUAAUGCACUCAUCAAUAUGCACUAAUGGGUACUUUUGUCGUAUUACUUUGACAUCCACGCUUGGAACGCCGCUGGAGGGACCUGUUUAGUCUCAAAGCGACACGACUUUCCGGGGCAGGCCUCGCUCACAGCCUGUCUGCUGUGACCAAUGUACUUUUCUCACUUUUGACCGAAAACAAGCUUCAAUUACUGCUGGAUGGACAUGAUGACGAGCAAAUCUACAUUAUAUUUUUCCUCAUUUAUAAAUAAAGAAAAAGAGCUCAAAUCCUGGACUUUUACCAAAUGUAUGUCGGGGCUAAGGAUGUAUAAUGACGGCGACUCGCUCAGUAGUUUCUUUUGAUUUCAAGGUUCUGUUUUUCUUAUAGUUUUUUUUUCUUUUUUUUCUGCCAGCUAGACCGCAGAAAUGGGAUGGACGAGACCGUCUCUCUUUCUUCCCUCCCUUCCACUCUUCGGUGUGGAGUAACAGAAUAAAUGCACGGCAGAAAUCAUAGUUCACUGUAUGUUUUGUGUAUCUUCAUUUCUCAACUUGAUAAAAGCAUGAAUGGUGCCUUCUAUUUCACCUUUUCUAGUCUUACUAAAGUAAAGCGGUUCGAGGCGCUCUGCCUCAGAUUACGGAGCUGCUCAUUUUGAACAAUUUUUUUCGGGGAUCAGAUAGAAAAAAGAAAUUGCAGUAUUCACAAUAUUUAGGUAAUUUUUUUCAGGUGCAUAUUUCAUUUUUCCGUACUGUUUUACUACCUAAGAUGAUCUGCUGUGAGUUUUGUACAUUUGUUUUGUAUCGUGUCUGUUCUGCGUUUUGUAGAGACAAUGGGUGCCUCCAGGUCUGUUGUUAAAUGGUUUAAGAGGUUUAUCUGAAGGACACCCCCAUUCCCCCUCCACACCCUUUAAAAGUAGGUACAUUAAAGAUAAUGUCAUAUUCUUGCGUCUUGGUUAACAAGUCAUGGCUGUACACCGCAAUGAUUCCAGUGACCGGAGGUUUGAAAAGGGUAGUGGUCUCACAGUGGGAUUCAGAUUCUGUUGAUACUUUCAUUUUGACCAUAGUUUUGGAGACUCGCGGUAGCACCUGGGUAAAUCCCCGGUUUCAAAAGUUGUCGGACUGUUCUUUUCUCAGUAACAAUUUUGUAAAGAUCUGUGUGGGUGGGCUGGCUGAAGUUCCUGUCUACCGACUAGCAAAUAAUUGUGCUCACUUUUCUAGCCAUUUAUGCAUUUGUAUUUUCAUAUGCUGAUUAUUCAUUGUGCUUAUUUGUGUUCUUUUUCAGUUUUUUCCCCCUUCAAGGCAAGUGUUAUUUGAAUGCCAUAAUAGUUUGGUUUCUCUUGGCCUCUGAUGCAUUUUCUUUUACCACUCAGUAGGGAGGGAAGAACUUUUGGGUUCAGCUGAAAAGGAAAACGAGAUCUUUUUUGUUUGUUAUCUUGCACUGAUAUGGGAAGUGAAAUCAAUGUAGCAUUUUUCUGGACAAAUACACGAAUGAGGUCUUCCUUGUCUGGUGGUCUUGCACUAUUUACAAUAUUUCUGGGACAAUCUCUAAUUUUGAAACACAGACUCUACAAAUUCCUCAUCUGGCACAGAAAAACAAUUAAGUGCUCAUCUGCGUGAAAUAUUUACCCUCUUGCAGUUAAAACCAGAUUUGAUGUGCAAACAUGGCAUAUUUAAUCCAGUUUCCACAGCGAUGCCCAGCUGCUCUCUUUUGUAGUUGAGAUGAGAUAUUUUCAGAUGUGAGAUUAGUUUUCAAUGGAGAUAUUACAUUUGUUACCACCAUCAUUCUUUGACCUAAUAUUACAGAAGGAUUACAGCUCUUUGAUCCUUGCCUGGUUUUAACAGACAGUUUCUGAUUUAUACCUCUACCACGAAUGUUUAUUUGUCAGUUGAUUGCUUAGCUAAAGCACUUGACUGCAAUCAUACUUUUUUUUCUUUUUUUUUUUUACACCAAUGGUCAAUGAAGAGGCUGACAAAGAAGGGCCAUCAUGCUUUCCAAACAGUUUGUGUUUUUCCACAUCUAAAUGGUGGCAAAAUGUUUCAGGAUAUACAUCUACAGUUUGAUCGUCCAUUUUCACCAAGGUUGUAUCUCCCCCCCCCCCCCCCCCUUUCAAACCAAACCUUUAAAGGAUCGAGUUUUCCUGUGGUUGAAUAUUAAUUUGAGUGGAUCCUCAUUGUGAAUCAUUCCAGUCUCCUUUGAAUGGAAAUAGAAGUUCCUUGUUGGCUUUAGCAGGUGUGGUAAACAGUUGGCUGUAAAUCUUACUUUUACAGUGUUUACCCGUUACUUGUUGCUAGUACAAAAAUGUUGCAGGUGGAGAAUCUUUUUUUGUUUUGUUUUGUUUUGUUCUUAUUUUUCUCCUCUAUUUUGAAUGUGUUGGACUUAACAUACAAUAAACUACUGAUAUCAGCACCACUCA